GCCGCGGCGGGCGCGCGCGGGCCGCAGUCAGCUGCAGCCAUGCCGCAGGGAGGAGCCUCGCUGCUGCAGCCGCCGUCGCCCGCCACGCAGCGGCGCAUGCGCGACAAGCUGGCCGAGGACCCGGCCGCCACGCGGCAGCACGUGGCGCACCUCAAGGAGUGGCUGCGGCAGCAGCCCCACCUGCCCGACGAGGACGAUGAAGCAUUCCUGGAACACUUCCUGUACAGCUGCAAGAACAGGCUGUCCCGAUGCAAGGAAGUCCUGGACAUGUACUACACCGUGCGGGGUGCGGUGCCCGAGUUCUUCAAGAACAGAGAUGCAACCUCCAAGAGUUUUCAAGAAUGCUGUGAAGUCAUCCAGAUCGCGGUAUUACCGAGCAUGACCCCUGAGGGCUACAGGAUGUUCUUGAUGAAGCUGCGAGAGCUGGACCCGGCGAGGUUCGACGUAGAAGAGUCCAUCAAGCGAGCCUUCAUGGUCUGCGACCUGCGCCUGCGCGCUGAGAAAGUUCUGGGAGACGUGCAUGUGUACGACGCUACAGGCGUCACCUGGGCCCACCUCAUGAAGUACACACCCACCAUCCUCAAGAAGCUCAUAGUCUGCCUCCAGGAUGCUAUGCCAAUGCGCAUCAAAGCAGUGCACUUCGUCAACGCACCAGUAUUUAUGGACAAGUUUGUUGCCAUCCUAAAGCCUUUCGUCAAACCCAAGCUAAGGAAAAGGUUGUUCGUGCACUCGCAGGGGGUCGAGGCGCUUCACGAGUUCUACCCGGCGAAACUGUUCCCGGCGGAGUUCGGCGGGACUGCGCCCGGAGCACAGCAGCUCAGCGACAUGUGGACUCAAAAAUUGCUGGAUGAAAGAGACUGGUUCCUGAGUGAGGAGAAGAAGAUGUCUGACGAGUCGAAGCGUCUAGGGAAGAUUCUGGACUCUGGAGAACUCUUUGGGAUGGACGGUUCAUUCCGAAAACUAUCCAUCGACUAAACUGACGAUAUUUUUAAGAAGAUACCAAAUUUUUAUUACUAUCUUUUUGUAUGUAGAAUACCACAUUCUUUAAAUCUAACCCAUGGGUAUUUUUUAUUACAGUGAAAGCUGUAAAUGUAGUUUGCAAUAAACAAAUGGAAAAACAGUUUCAGCCAAAUUUAUUUGGCACUUAUAGUCGUUUUAGUUAUAAAAUACUCAGCUUUCCAAAAUAAAUAUUUUUUAAAAAUUCAAUUCUUGAAAGUUAAUAACUUUGGGUCAAUUAUCGAAGCUGUCCUAAUCCAUGUAAUGUAUUAGCAUAUAAAUCCCUGGUAUUUAUACAAAAUGAAUAUAUUUUUACCAUUUUUUAAGUGGGGAGUACUCGGUUCGUAAGGGAAAGCCCAAUUUAGUUUUUUAUUACAAAGUUUGAUUGAUUACUAAUAUUUACAGUAAUAAUAAAUUAUCUCACUCAAAAAUGCCUAAUAACCAAUUUCUCGCAAUUAAAAAUGUUCAUUCCCAAGGCACUCAGUGUCUCAAGUUCUUACAAACCGCACACCUCGCUGGGCCGCAUCCCUCGCGCAAAUCUCGCCGCAGCACUCCUCGUGGACCUCCGUAGUCCAAACUCUCACCGCACUCCGUCACCGCCGUCGCACUUCACUUCACUUCGCUUUGCUUGGAACUCCACUCAGAACUCCCGCGGAGGCCGGCGUCGCGGAUUUAAAUAGGGUCCGGCGCCCUUUCCAGAACCUACGAGCGCGAUUAGGGCCAGUCGCGUCAUCCCGAGCCGACACGACGCCCGGACAGUCGAGCCCGCGGAAUGUCCCAGGCUGCCCAGCGACAGAUAACGGUGCCAUGGCAGGACGAUGUGCGGAGGGGGGUAGCGACGUCCCUUGUAAUCCGGCCAGAAACUCUUGGCCUGUAUUACGUCAGCAGAGGCCAUGUGACACGCGCCUGACACCAGCCAGCACCGAACCCGGCGCGCGUCGCGGCUCUGCUUGCGUUUGUAACAAUAUUUUAUUUAAAAAAAAAUUGUAAAUUAUUAAUUACCUCUAAAUUGAUGUGGUUUACACAGUAAAAAAAUUUUAUGUAACACAACUUCUCUAAAUAUAUAUAAAGAAAUAUUAACAUUUUUAACCGGUGUCAAAAAAAGAAGGAGGUUCUCAAUUCAUUGGUUUAUAUGUUUUCAUGUUGUUUAUGAACCGAUUUUAAUGAUUUUUUUUUUGCUUUUGGUUCACUACAGUUGUAAGGUGGUUACUUCUUAAUUUCACUUCUAUUGGACCGUUUACUUAAAAGAUACACCAGGGAACUCCUCAAAAUCAAAAAUGAUACGUAUAGUAAUCGGACGUGCUGGACUAGGAAGAUAACCGACAAACAGCACGAAUGUUAAGAUUGACUUAUUAUGUAAAAACUAUAGGUACCUUACUUCAGAACUAAGCAGAAACACUUUGUAACUCUUUAGUGAAAAAUAAAAGCAUAAAUACAGUGAUUUGAUGUAUUGUGUGCGAAUUAUGCAAUUUUUAAUAUAUGUAAUAAGUAAAAAAGGAUUAUUUGUUAGUAUAUGAAAAUUACAAGACAAAGUUACUCUUCGCAAUCGUUUCAUUUCUGACAAUGCUCUUUCGUCGUGUGGUCUACCAAAUAGUUUAUUUGAUUUAUAAAUCAGACAAUACUAUUUCUUCCAACGUUUUCACGUGUUUCAGAACUUCGUUCACCUGGCAUUUAGCAAAAUUUGUGUACCCCUAGGUCUAUUACAGCUUUAACAAGUGUAGUUCUCUGUAAAUUGUGCACCGUGACUGCCCAACUCAGAGUCAAUGGUAAUAUUCGGCGCUCGACAUCUGCUUAUCUUUUAUCAUCUGAAAUGUUGCAACAAAUGUAGUUAUUGCAACCAAGCCUUCUUCAUCUUUCAUUCUGCUUACAAUCGUAUCAUCAUCAUAUUUCAUUAAUACACAUUCAGGUUAUUCGCCUUCUUCGAUUUGUUCUCUCCGAAGAGCAAGACACUGUAAUUUUUGACACUCCCUAUUGCUUCAUUUACAAGCCGGUCUGAGACCUAUAUAUUUCGCCUUAACAUGAGACCUGGAAUUCUUCAGCUGAUUUCAGCGUUGAUAAUAAACCUCAGCAGUAAUUGACAUCUUUUGAAACGACAAUGUUUGGUGGAGCCUUUACAUAAGUGGCUUUCUCAAGACACUCAUCUACAGUGUUUAUGGUGUAAACUCUACGUGUUUUCGCAUUUGCUGCUGGCAUGGUAUCUUUGUAAGGAUCCACUUGUUUUACAGUGGAAUAAAUUCUAACUGCAAUUCCAUCAGUAAACUCCCCUGUUAAAGAUAUUCUGCGAUGUUCACAUAGCAGUGGCAUCUGAUUGGUAGUUAUUUCACAACUCGCAAAAUUAACAGAUCAAUGAAUUCACUGUCGUUUCUUUGCCGCACAUUUAUUGUCAGCUCGCAAAUUGAAAACUGAUGACAUAAAUUAAUUUCUGGUGCAAAACAGUAUGGUUGUAUAAAACACCAGUGACUUUUGACAGGAGGAAGUUGCAUAAUGUCACCAAAGAGUAAGAUGUUAACAGAACCAAAUAAUUUCUCGUUGCCUGUAGAUGUAAAUGAAUGAUUCUCAAAUUCUCUAGGAAUCUUUGAAAUUAUGUCAACGACUAGCCAAUAUAUAUGGCGCCACUUGCACCCCUCUUGUUGAAGCCUCUGUCCAGUCAAACGUUUGAAUGACGUGGUGUUGUCUUUUUCGAUAGGAAGUAAAAACCAGAUUCUUGACAAAUAUAUGUCGGAUAGUUCAGUAUGUAACUUCAACAAAUUUUGAAUUGAUUGAUACACGUGGCUAGUUCAUUUGGUACAGUAGCAACUCCCAUCUUAUUCCAAUUUACGUUUUUAAUAGUAUUUGAUAAUUUAGAACAAGUUACUAUCCUUUUGACGGAAAUUAAUUAUGUAGGCAAAUUAACACGUUGUUGUGGAUAAAUUUGGUUGUUUUUCUUUUGCAUAUGACACAUGGUACAUCAUCAAAAUCGUUAAUGGUUGUUCGAAAUUUUUAAACUCCUAAUAUAUUUCUUGAACGGUGUGCUAUUUGUCAAAAAUGUUUUAAUCGACUGUCCCUUUCAUCUGAAGUUUAAUUAAGCACCCUCUGUGAGGAAUAAUUACGUAAUGCGCUUAAUUGUUAUGAUUGCUGUCUAUCAGAUUCAUUGACUAGCCGCUCAUUGAUCAAAUUUAAGCGAUAAGCACGUUCUUCCUCUGACUCGCUGGUCAGUCGCCUGGGAAUUAAACCAAGUCGAUGAGUACGGUGUUCAACAACUGCAUCUGUUAAACUAUCGCGUGUCAUGGAAAAGCGAUGGUAUCAUUAUUAUUGACUUUCAUUUCUUAAUUUAUUUAACACAUAAACUCUCACACCCGACAAUCUAUUUUCUCGUUCCUGUGUACUUUCAGUCUUUUAUCUUUUAGUAAUUCUGUUUCUAUUUUUUUUCUAAUCGUUUCCAUCUUCAUCUUCAGUUUCAACUAGAUGUCGUUUCUUCAUUCGAGAAGUGUCUUUACAAGGUCUACCCAUCACUAAAUAUUGAAAAAUAACCAAUUAUAAAAAAUAAAUAAAUAACUGACUUCAUAAUACACAAAAAUAUAUGUGGUUCACUAACAAGUUAUAAAUAAAUGUUUUAUACACCAAAUUAUUUUUUAAUUGUUUCCAUUUAUUGUGAUUGGGAAAAAUACUGUUUAUUAAUAAAUUUUUUUAUACAUUUGAAAUAAGAGCAUAGUCUAUAUAAAUAAAUUCAAAUGCUAUUUGUUGGUAAACGCAUAACUUGAGAACUUCUGGACCGAUUUGGCUAUUUUUUUUAAAUAUUCAUUAUAAUUCUAUUCAAGUAUUAAUGGAAAAAAUGGGGGAAACUCGCCCAUUAAAUUUAAGAAUAAGUGGAAAACUACCAUUUCAUCGUCAAGCGCAUAACUUGAGAACGGCUGAACCGAUUUGGCUUAUUUUGUUUUUAAAUGUUCGUUAUAAUUCGAAUCAGGUUUUAAUGCAGAAAAAAAUUAUAUAUUUCCCGGAAAAUUGUAAAAUUAGUGGAAAACAGUAUUUCUUUUCUUUAAUAAACCCGCAUAUAUGGUACUUAUUUAUCCGUAUUGGUGUGCCAAACAUAACUUUAUAAUGGUAAAACUCUCCUUCAUUACGUUACAUUAUUAUUUAUUUUUGUAGUCAUGAAAAUAAAUAAAGAAAACUUAUAACGUUUAAAUGCUAUCUUAACUUUUAGGAGUAUCAUUUGUUAACAUUGAAAUGUAGAGAUAGCGCAGCAUCCCUUAAUCAAUAGAGACAAGAAUGUGUUAGCCAUGUCCGGGUCAGUCUAGUGGUACAUGUCACACAGCUUCAGCGUCUACUUUAGUUACUUUCCUGUGCUCCGUUUUUUUUCUUUGAGUAAUUAACUUUUUUUGAUUUGUGUAACUACUCUAUGAGUAUCAUGUAUUUUAACAGAAACAGUUGCGAUCUCGGUAAUACAGAAUAAUAACAAGACAAACCUAUAUUUUCAGAUUUUUUUAUCUGUGACCUCAGCCAAAGGUAAUGUUUCCUCUGUGAUCAUGGUCGCACAAUAAUUUCUUUUUCUCGUGAUCUUAAGUUGUUUAAUUUCAUUUGAAGUGUUAUUCUGUUGUAAGUUUAUAGGAAUGUUUUCUUGAAAAUAAUAAAAUUUCAUAGUUUUAUCACAAUAAACCAAUUUCCAUAUUUAAUUACGAAAUACGGUGCGUUUUGAAGUGAUAAACAUUUAUAAAAGCAGAAAUAACAAAUCCUUUUGGCAUAUCCUGCAGGCUGUGGAUUGAUGAUUGUUUACAUUUUUGCUUCUGACCGCCAUCUUGGAUAUGUGACGUAUCGACAGCCAUCUUUAAAUCGAGCACCCCACUCACUAAUGUUGCACUUUUCGUUACGCCCACCAUCUUGGAUGUGUAUGACAUCACCGUUGCAAAUGUCGUUACGGUUGCCAUAUUGAAUUCUAAUAACAUGUACGCCAUCUUGGAUUUGAUUUAACGGCCAUUUAUUUCGAUUCUAACAUCAUAUCCACCAUCGUGUUUUCAUCUACUGGAGGCCGACAUAUUGGAUUACGACACAUAUGCCAUCUUGGGUUUUUUCUGUUCUGCUGGAGGUCGUCAUCUUGGAUACCAACGCCUUUGUUUCUAUUUUGCUUGUUUUUUUUAAGGUAGCCAUUUACUUUUCCUUGAAUUUUUAUCAUGUUAGUACAUAUUUUUAGGAACAGCAAAAUGUAUUAACUCAGGCUAAUAGUUUUGUGUAUAUCAACGGGUGUUCAAAUUUAGUUCAUUAUCACCAAUAUGUAUUUGCUAGUCUUAAAGGAUGUCCGCGUAAAUUUACUUGGUCGUGGUUAUAGUUGAGAGAAGCAAGCGCCUCUUUAUUUUGCUAAGCUAAUUUAAGUUUUACCCUAUUUUAAAUAAAAUUUUCAAAAAUAGUAAAAUUGUCAUGAUUUUCUCGAUGUUUAUAUUCUAUACCCAAAUAGACCACAUUAGAAAAUCAUUUUGUAAUUAAAUUGAUACUUUCAAUAAUAUCCUUUCAGUAGAGUUGGUUUGAUGUAUGUAACACAGACAAAAAUUUUAACAGACGGACAAAAAUAUCGAAAGAAAAAAGGCAAACAACAGACGAAAAGACCAAGCGAAAGAAAAUAGACUAAAAUUAUUAAUAGGUAUUAGAUAUUUGAAUUAGCUUACAUUUAUUUGACAAAAAUGUUAAUACACAUACUGUAUUGUUUUUAAAAUUUAUAUUUCCAUUCAAAAUACAGAGUUAUUCCCACAAGAGUUUUAAUUUUAAUAUAGAUUUGUAGCUUUACGGGUGCAUCCUGUCAGGAGAAAAUAUCGUCUAAGGAAGGAUGUUUAGGUAAAAAGACAGGGUUUUUGGUAAUAUUUUAGCAGUAUCAUUAGUUUCACGACAUAACGUUUUUUAAGCUCUUUACUUCAACGCGAAUAAUAAAAUGUUUAAUUCCUGUAAAAUUGACCUCCACGUAUAUAAAUAGCAAUACCUUAAUUAAAUAUAUUAACCUUUUAUUUUAUUUAUAAUAAUUGAAUAAAUGAAUUUAAAAUUAUCAUAAUCAAUUAGUACACAAUAAUAAUUUAUUUACUUUUAGUGAGUAAAUAUGUAUUUUUAAAAACUUAUAUUUUUACUCUAAAAAAUAAAAUGAAAAUGUUGUAUUUUGAUAAUAAACAAGAAAAAUAUAUAUAUAUAUUUAAUGAUUUUUGCAGUUAUCCCUCUUUAGGCGUGUUGUGAAAAAGAGUGAGAGUAAAUUUUUACGAUGCGCGCUCCAUGCAACGAAAUUUUCACAGAAUGAAAACAAGUCUACAUUAAGAUACAAAUAAAUAUUUCCUUUUAAAUCUUAUAAUUAUAUGAUUGGUAAUGAAUACUGGUCCAUGUAAUUAAAAACAUUUAAUUGUUUCAAAUAUUAGUGAUGAUUUUUGUGUUUGUAAAUCAUUUAAAGUGUAUUUUCAAGCGUAUUUAUAUAAGUGAGGUUAUUAUAUACUUCUAGAGGCACGUUAUGAAAAAAAAAUAAGAACGAAGUUUUACGAUACGCAAGCAGCUUGCAACAAAAUAUAACAAAAUGAAAAAAGGACCCAUACAAAUAAAAAUUACAUUUGUACUUAUGAAUAUUAUACUUAUGUGAUUGAUAUUGAAUACAAGUCAAUAAAGGUUAUUAAAAUCAUCAAUUUAUUUUGAAUAUAAAGUGAAAGAUAUUGUGUUUAUAAAAUAUUUCAAGUGUUGUUUGAAGUGCAUUGA